ACCUGGGUCGUGGAGUCGCUGAGUGGGCUCAAGAUGAAGUUGAAGAGACAGCGGGUGUCUUCAGUGCUGCCUGAGCACCACGAGGUCUUCAACAGGAUGCUUGAGGAUCCUGUCAUUCAGAGAUUCCUGGCCUGGGACAAAAACCUGAAGGUAUCUGACAAGUAUCUCCUGUCGAUGGUGAUAGCUUAUUUUAGCCGGGCUGGGCUCUUCUGCUGGCAAUACCAGAGAAUCCAUUUCUUCAUCGCUCUCUACCUGGCCAAUGACAUGGAAGAGGACAACCAGGCCCCCAAACAGGCCAUCUUUUCAUUCCUCUAUGGAAAGAACCGCUCCCAGCGUCCCUUGUUCCACAAACUGCGUUUGCAGUUCAUCCGUUCCAUGGGCUGGAAGACUAGGGUCACUCGGGAAGAGUGCGAGAAGAUCCAGGCUUUUGAUCCGGAGCUCUGGGUGUGGGGGCGAGAUCGUGCCCUUCUGCACUAG